AGAGCACCUCCUCCACGACGUGGUCUGCGUGAUAAUGGGGCGUCGGAUGGAAACGUGGCCUCUGCUGCCUCCGCCGCUGCGGGGCUCGGAGAAACGGAGCUGUUUGUGUAUUUUGGACUAGGAUUUCAGAAUUUUAAAAUUCCUGGUGGGAAGGGCGUUGGUGUUAGCUUUGAAUGUGUCAGGGGAGCGUUGGGAGUCGGGGCGUAGUGUAAGGUGAGAAAGACGACAGUCGGCACCAUGAAUUAUUCUGGCCAAGGGUCCCCACUGAGCCCGGAGCCUAACGGCCGGGGCGGCGGAAGCGCAUGGGAAUUGAGUUCCGAAGCGGUUUAUAGUAGUGUAUGCUGCUACGAGCACCUUUCCGGAGGGAACCCGACGGAUGCCGAGGUGACCUUGGCCCUGCUGGGCGGGGAUCCGGGGCUGCCCCUGGCGCAGGGCUUGGAAGAGCAUAGCCAUCACUUGACUCUGGACUCCUGCCUCAGCGAUGAGACCUACGACUUCAGUUCGGCAGAGUCGGGCUCCUCCCUGCGCUACUACAGCGAGGGCGACAGCUGCGGCGGCGGUGGUGGCGGCGGCGGCGGCGGCAGUUCCUCUUCCCUGCUGAUUCCCCAGCCGACUCAGCAGUCGUCUCUGCACUCGUCGAUCUCCGGCGGUGCGGUGGCGGCGACUGCGGGUCCGGGAGAGAGGAAGCGAACCCGCUCGGGCUGCUCAGCUUCCCGGCAUCGUUAUGAAGUGGUGGCGGAGUUGGGCCCGGAAGAAGUCCGCUGGUUUUACAAGGAAGAUAAGAAGACCUGGAAGCCCUUCAUUGGCUAUGACUCUCUCCGCAUUGAGCUCGCCUUCCGGAACCUGAUUCAGGUCACUGACAACAGGCCGCGGGCCCUGCGAGGGGAGCCCGCCCCAGCCUCGAGCUCUGGGGAGGAGGACGAGGACAGCGCCUGUGGCUACUGCCGGAGCGCGGUCCUGAGCGAGCCUGAGCUGGAGGAGCUGAUCCGCAUCGAGCCGGUGUGCGUCCGAGGCGGCCUCUACGAGGUUGAUGUCGCCCAGGGAGAGUGCUACCCGGUCUACUGGAAUCAAAGUGACAAAAUACCAGUAAUGCGUGGACAGUGGUUCAUUGAUGGUACUUGGCAGCCACUAGAAGAGGAAGAAAGCAAUUUAAUUGAACAAGAACACCUUAAGUGUUUUAAGGGUCAACAGAUGCAAGAAAAUUUUGAUAUUGAAAUGUCAAGACCCAUAGAUGGCAAAGAUGGCAGUGGAAUCAGCUAUGCUGUUGUCUACCACCUCCCUCCCUUCUCCCUCCCUUUGUUCAAAUGGAGAGGAUAUAAGGAGAGUACAGAUGCUGCAUGUCUUAAACGAAAGCGUUCCCAAGCUAUUCAUAGUUUCAAGUUGAGUCGCAACCACGUGGACUGGCAUAGUGUGGAUGAGGUAUAUCUUUACAGUGAUGCAACAACAUCUAAAAUUGCAAGAACAGUUACACAAAAGCUGGGUUUUUCUAAAGCUUCAAGUAGUGGGACCAGACUCCAUCGAGGCUAUGUAGAAGAAGCUACCUUAGAAGACAAGCCUUCACAGACAACUCAUAUUGUGUUUGUUGUGCAUGGCAUUGGGCAGAAAAUGGACCAAGGAAGAAUAAUAAAAAAUACAGCCAUGAUGAGAGAUGCUGCAAGAAAAAUAGAAGAAAAGCACUUUUCUAAUCACGCAACACAUGUUGAAUUUCUGCCUGUUGAGUGGAGAUCAAAACUUGCUCUUGAUGGAGACACUGUUGAUUCUAUUACUCCUGAUAAAGUACGAGGCUUAAGGGAUAUGUUGAACAGCAGUGCAAUGGACAUAAUGUAUUAUACUAGUCCACUUUAUAGAGAUGAACUAGUUAAAGGCCUUCAACAGGAGCUGAAUCGAUUAUAUUCACUUUUCUGUUCUCGGAAUCCAGACUUUGAAGAAAAGGGGGGUAAAGUCUCAAUAGUGUCACAUUCUUUAGGAUGUGUAAUCACCUAUGACAUAAUGACUGGCUGGAAUCCUGUUCGACUUUAUGAACAGCUGAUGCAGAAGGAAAGUGAGCUACCUGAUGAACGAUGGAUGAGCUAUGAAGAACGGCAUCUCCUGAAUGAAUUCUAUCUAACUAAGCAGCGGUUGAAAGAAAUAGAAGAAAGAUUGCAAGGAUUGAAGACAUCAACUAUAACACAAACACCUGCCUUAAAAUUUAAGGUUGAGAAUUUUUUCUGCAUGGGAUCCCCACUAGCAGUUUUUUUGGCAUUACGUGGCAUCCGUCCAGGAAACAGUGGAAGUCAAGACCACAUUUUGCCUAGAAUCAUAUGUAACCGGUUACUAAAUAUUUUUCAUCCCACAGAUCCAGUUGCUUAUAGAUUAGAGCCAUUAAUUUUGAAACACUACAGCAACAUUUCACCUGUCCAGAUCCAUUGGUAUAAUACUACAAAUCCUCUACCUUAUGAGCAUAUGAAGCCAAGUUUUCUCAACCCUGCAAAAGAACCUACCUCAGCAUCAGAGAAUGAAAAUUUGUCAGCAGUAUCAAGCCCAGUGACUUCACCUGUCAUGUCUCGACGACACUAUGGGGAAUCUAUAACAAAUAUAGGCAAAGCCAGCAUAUUAGGAGCUGCUAGCAUUGGGAAAGGGCUUGGAGGAAUGUUGUUUUCAAGAUUUGGACGUUCUAGUAGUUCAUCCACAUCACAGCCAUCUGACACAUCAAAAGAAGUAACAGAGGAAGAAAAGAAGCCUGUCACCCCACCAGUCAGCACCACUAUGGCCACACAGACCUUUCCACAUAGCACUUCUGGCUUUCUCGAUUCUACAUUGGAACUGGAUCACAGGAUUGACUUUGAACUCAGAGAAGGCCUUGUGGAAAGCCGAUACUGGUCAGCUGUAACAUCACAUACUGCAUAUUGGUCAUCCUUGGAUAUUGCCCUUUUUCUUUUAACUUUCAUGUACAAACAUGAACAAGACAAUGAUGCAAAGCCAAAGUUAGAUCCAAUCUGAACUUUUGAAGGAACUUUAAUGGCACAGAAUUGAUGCUUGUUAAAAUUCAAUAUGUUUAAGACAAGGAGGUUUCAGGUUUAAGUAUGUUUCAAUUUUAUUUGGAGCAAAAAAUAUUUGUAUUUAAAAAGCACCUUAUUUUUUAAAAAUAUUCAGUCCUGACCAAAAUAAGUUAAUUUCAAAUUUUCACACAAAAAUCAUCGGUAAGGAAGGGUUGAUAAGGAAGAUUUGAGAGGCCACUAUGGUAACAAUCAAAACUAUUAUGUUUAUUUAAGUAUAAAGAUUAAUUAUCCAGUGGAAUCCAAUUAGUUAAACUAAAUCUAUGCACCUAAAAGUGCAAGAUCUUGUUUAUUUUAUGUAAGAGUAAAAAACAAAAAGGGGUAUUUUAAAUUAAAAUCUAUGUUUUCCACAGUAGCAUUGAGGCUACUCUACAUAUUUAGAUUUUGUUGAAUUUAACUUAGAUAAUAACUAAUGCUUAAAAAGAAACAAAUGUCUAACUACUGUAUUUAUAAUUUAUUACUUCUAUUUUAUUCUAAUGUUUGAGGCAUUACUUAAGAAAAAAAACUUCAUUGAGCAUAAUUUAAGCAGCACAUUUCUUUUCUACAGUUUUUUUUCCAGAAAAAAAAUACAUUUUUACUCUUCAGAUGAAUAUAUAAACACUGUGGCAAAUUUCCAGGUUGUUUUUUUUUUUUCAUUAAAAAAACUCUGUAGCUUCAUUCAAAUAUUCUAGUUCAGGUUCUCUGAAAAAUUCUCAGAUUCUUUAAGGUUAUAUAUGUAGCAUGAGAGAACUUUUAAAAAAUAAUUUGUUAAAAGCUAUAAGUUAAAAAAAAAAGUUUCCACAGUGCUUUUCAUUUGGGGAGCUCAAAGUACUUUAAAAGCCAUUCAGUAAUCCUCAAUAGUUCCCAGAGGUAAAUAAAUGAAAAUUGUUCUUAUUUUCCAGAUGAGUUAACUGAGGCACCAAGAUGUUUUUAAGUGCCUUGAACCAGAUUACAUAACAAAUUAGAAAAUAGAUUGCAGCCAAAUUUCUCUCUUCUGUUUUAUUAGCAAGAUUAGUUCAUAUUCUGAUUUCUAACCUGUUAGAGGUCUGCAAAUGAUAAUAAUUUAUCAUUUAUAUACAAAUUUACAAUUCAGUUUACACAAAAAUAGCCACGCAACCCUAUUCCAUUGUAAAUCCGUCACAUGAGAAUGGGGUGUUUAAAAGAGAAUUGCCAGAAAAGAAUCUUUCUGCCUUACCUUCCAUAGCAUCACACACACACACAUACACACUCAUCUACAUGCGUACAAAUGUGAGUCAUAUUUUCUGUUCUGGCCUUUCCAUAAAUUUAUAUAAAUAAAGUAAACCAAUUAUUUGAAGGUUCAAAAAAAAUGAGACCAUAUUACCUAGCAUUUGAUUCAACUCAGAAACCUUUGCUGUAAAAAAGCUAUUAAUGAGAUCCUAGCAGUGCAAAAGCAGUUCUCUUUCAAGUCUAGAAAUUCUCAUGAACUCGGGUCAUUUCCUUUGCCUGUUUAUUUCUUUGGGCCCAAUUCAGUUCUCAGGAAAAACAAACAUAUCUCAAACAACCGACUGAAUCAUUCGUAGCCUGAACUGUUUUUAGUGUUUUUCUUCAUAUUUGGAAUGUGAAGCAUUCUUUUUACCUGAAGAAAGAGUGAAAGACUAUAAUGUACAUUUGAUUUGAUGUUUUUACAAUGAAAGGAAAACAUUCCUCUGAAGAGGUUUGUCUUAUUUUGUUUUGUUCCUUAUCAAGAAAGUCACAUGAAGUUCAGCUGCUUUGAUGCUUUGGGGUUCUGUACAUGAGAAAGAUCAGGUUGUUUAUUCUGUUUUAUCUUUAAAAAAGACCUUCUAACCACCAUAAGCUUCUUUUCUUUUUAAUAUGAAAGGAUUAUGUGUACUGAUAGACAUUACAGUUUUGAUUUAAUAGGACUGUAUUUGUUUCUAUAUCUCUGCAUGUGUUCAUGGGAUGUACCUGUACAUACUCAAGUAACACACAGUAUGUGUAGUUCAGGUUUGCUUUAGCUGUCAGUUAAUGGGUAACAUUUUUUUAUCCUUAUUUGGGCAGCUAUGAAAUUGGCCAUAAAUUUAUUUGUUGUUUUAUGUUAUUCUAUGGUGAUUAUCCUGGGUACUGUUCAGAUAAUUCCAUCUUAUAGUUUCCCCAAAGCUAUUGAAGUGGAGAAACAUCUUGUUUGGAAAUUGUGCCAUUAAAGAAUAUUUUAACCAUUUCUCUAAAA